AUGGAAUUCUCUAGCUACUUGACUCGCGGCUCAUCCCUUUGGCAUUCACUGGCGACUCCAAGCCUCACCAAUUUGAAGAAUAGAGGCUACCCAGAUGAGGAAUCGGGUGGGCAAGAAAAGAGUAGAACUACCCAAGAGCAAGGGAACUCAAAAUUGGUCUUUUGGAAACUGGAAACUGCAUUGCAGUUUUCAUUUAAUUACAAUUUGAUUUUUGUUCUUUCCUUAGCCUUCAACCUCACCAAUUUGAAGAGUAGAGAUUACCUAGAUGAGGAAUUGGGUGGGCAAGAGAAGAGUAUAACCACCCAAGAGCAAGGGAACUCAAAAUUGAACUUUUGGAAACUGGAAACUGCAUUGGCAACGGAGUUGGUCACUUGCAAACGGUGGCAGGCCGGCGAUGGGCCGUGGUGGUGGCAGGUGGCCGGCGGCAGGAUUCCGGUGGGGGUGGCCGGCGGCGGGAUUCCGGUGGGGAUGGCCGGCGGCAAGAUUCCGGCGAGGGUGGUCGGCGACAGGUGGCCGGCGGUGGUGGUUGGCUAG